CGAAUGAGUCACAGCUCUAUGGAAUAGAGGGUAUUAAAAUAGAAAUAUUAUAGAAUGGAUAAUUGUUAGUAAUGACAAUAUAAAUAGAUGAUAAAAGAAGUGGAAGGAUAGAUGUAUUUGAAGGAGAUGAUCCUGAAAUAUUGGCAAGAGAUUUUUGCAUUAAAUACAACUUAAAUUAAAGAGUAGCACCAUUACUAAUAGAUAAUAUUUAAAAGCAAAUUUAAAUAGCUCAAAAAGAACGUUUAAAUAUGGUUCAAUACGUAAGCAGUUGGAGUCUAACUUUUUAUUUAGUUAUCUUAAAAGAAGUAGAAUCUAAGACCUACUGAGAAGUCUAGUGAAAUAUAAUCCUAAGAAUAAGGCUCUUCUCCAAUUAGAGCUGAAUCUCAAUAAUCUCCAAUGAAAUAAGAGAGUAAUAGCUAAACUGUAUAUGACAGACUAUAUCAAGAUGCUCAUAAUAAAAAGCUUAAAAAACAGUUGCAAUUAUCUGAAAAUAAAUCUAGCAGUUAAAUUAUGAAAUCUUAAGAAUCAGAAGUCAAUUAUGGCUUAAUUCUCUAUUAAAAAGGAAUUCAAAAAAAAGAAGAGAAACUUCAAAAAGCUGAAAGUGCAAGAAAAGAUCUUCAAAAAUCAUAACUUGUUGAAUGUACUCAUAAACCUUAGAUUAAUUCUCUAUCUACUAAAAUUGCUUAACGUUCUCCUAAACCUGUAGGUGAACAUUUAAAUGAAUUAGCAAAAGUUAUACAAGAGAAAAGAGAGAAUGCAUAAAAUUAUAAGUUAGAAAUGGAAUAAUAAAGUUGUUCUUUUCAUCCUUAAGUUAAUAAAGUGUAUCUAUUAUACUCAUAUAUUAAGGUCUUCUUAUAUAGUUGAUGAAAAGAAGAAAUAAUCUUAAAUUUCUAUUCCACACUAUGAAUCAUUAUAUCAGGAUAUGGAUGUUAAAUAAUAAAAAUUAACUGAAUUAGAUAGAAAUUAUUUUGCUUAAAAACAUACAUUUCAUCCUAAAAUUGAUUAAAUUUCAGAACAACUUGUUUAAGGUCUUAGUUUUGAAGAAAGAAGACAAAAAUUUAGAAAUAAAUCCAAAGAAAGAAACUCCAGUGCUGAUGAAAGUAAUAUGUUUAGACCAAGAACAGGCAGACCACCAGAAUAAAGACCAGAAAAUUUAUUUGAUAAUCUAUAUAAAGAUGCUUAAUUAUUAGCUUAAAAAAGAGCUGUAGUUCAAUCUAUUAGUAAAGAAAGAAUUAUGAAUCAAUCAAAAGUAAGGGCUAGUUAAAAAUCUGAAUUUUUAACAUAAUAAGCAAUCAUAAAUUCACUUGCUAAUAUUUUUGAUUAAAUUGAUACUGAUAAUGAUGGUGAAAUAGAUGCUAUCAGGAUUAAUUUAAAAAAUCUUAAUUCAACUGUUAAUCAGAUCCUUUAACCUUUAAUUUCAGAAAUGGAAGAAGGUAGACAUGUACUUACAAAAGGAGAAUUCAUAGAAUCAGCAAUGAAAUUAGUUUACACUCUUUCUAAUAAAGAAAAGCAUGAUUUAUUAAAAAAACCCACUUCAAAAAAAUCUGAUAUACCAACUUAUACUUUUCAUGUGUAACAUUUAUAUUAAUUUUUAGCCAUCAAUAAAUUAAAGACCUUAAAAAAACUCUGGAUCAAAAAAUAGAUGAAAG